AGCAAAGCCAUGACGAUUUCAGCAAGACAGUUAUACCAAUACUGGCUGAGUAAAGAUACGCCCGAAAGCCAGCCGCCGUUCAAACAGCCGCGGUGCAGUUCGGUCCACAGGUACUUGUAGACUCCCUGCAUGUACCGAGAAUGUACGUCAACCUGUAGCCUAUUAAGUUCACGCGAUCAGCAGCAAGGAAUCGUCUCGUGUUGCGGAGCAACAUGUCAGCCGAGUCGAUACGAAUCAGCACGCCUUGGUAAAAGGUUGUGAUGAUGGACGCCUGCAAUCCGUCUCAUUAUCAUCUCGUUAUAAUCGUUGUCAUCAACAGCACAUUCCCACCUCAUUCCGGAUUUUCUUGAGCUAAAGAUUUUGUUCGCAAGCCAUGUCUGCUCUUACGAAGUUUACUCUGUUUGCUCUCCUAUUGGUAGGUGGAGCCACUAUUCACGGCCUUUCCAUCUCCACAGGCUACUAUGAGUUGAUUGAACAGCACAAAGCAAAAGGCGUGCUUUCUGACGGAACGUUGUAUAACCCAAAAAUCACAGGUGCCGAGGCUGUUGAUGACUUCCUUGCUACCUUGGUGCAGUUUUUCUCGCCAUGUACAGACGGCUCGGCCCCUGGCUUAAGCCUGCAAAGUUCCUUAUUCGCAGUCCAAGGGUUCGCGUUCUUUAUGAUUUGGCUGCUCGAGGGAUACAGAAAUGGCAACAAAGGCAAACUGGUAUCUUUCAUCUCCGUGUAUGGGUUGCUCUUCCAAGCUGGCGGACUCGCUCUCAUCGCACCAGCAUAUCUUUUGCUAUACGUCAUCACAUCACCAACGGUGGCUACACCAGCUCCCUCUAACCUGGCCAUUGAUCCUGCCAUUCUCUCUGGUAUUCCGCUCGCUUUUACACUAGGCUUUCUUCCGCCAACCAUUUUUAUGAACCUUCCAAGUCCAUCCGUGAUCUCCAUUGACACAAAGGUUAGGGCCCUCGCUCUCUGGCAGCCUGUGCCCCUCUACGUGAUCUUGCUUCUAAGGCUCUGGAAACUAUUUUCUGGAUCCCCUCCUAACUCGACAAUGAGCAAGCAAGAUCAAUUGCAGAGACUUCGCAAUGUCUAUAAAUUUGGCCUCGCUUUUGCCGUGCCAGGUCACGCCGCAAUUUGGGCUCUAUCUCUCACGGCACUUGUACUGCCACAUAUUUAUAAUCCUUCUGUAGCAGCCGAAUUCCACCCACUGUCUGCUCUUGUCCCUGCAAAUCCUUUUGCGUAUGCUGCCACAACUGUUACUUCCUUGGCCCAAGGCGCGCUCAACUUUCUCCAAUGGGACUACAUCAUAUCAUCCAUUUCCUAUCUGGUCUUCAGCUUAAGUGCAAGGUUCAAUGCAAGAGUCGAACCCAGUGGCUUCUCGGUAGGCGAUAUGUUUGGUCUGCUUACCAGAAUUUGCGUCUUAGGUCCCAUGGGCACUGCUCUAUCCUAUCUGUGGGAAAGAGAUGAGAUUGUACUCGGAAGGGACGAGGGGCAGAAAAAGCAGCGCUGAUGAACUGGGCUCUGUCCAAAGAGAAUCAGGAUCGGCAUAUGUUUGACUCACGGCUGUCCACAAAGAGUCUCGACAACCUGGUAUUUCCCAUUGAAGAGUCCCGUAUUGGCAAGUCUGUCAAAAGGUCAUAUAUUACUUAAGGUCUGUGGAUCUGAGCACUUCAAUAGCAAGGCUGGAUUGCACUAAAGAAUUUCAAUUCUGUAUUCUAAGUCAGUUACAAUUCACAAUCCUUCCUUUGGAACUUGACGUAUUGUUUCCCUGAAGCUAGUCACUAAGUCAUGAUCGAUCAGCUUGCCUGCAUGUCCACCAAAAUUCUUGGUUGGUUCUGCGUGUACAAGUCGAGGUCUCUGUUUAUUCUGCAAAAUUUACACUUUUGGAGUUCUACCUUGAACUGACUACGAACGCGAUACUAUGCGUCUCCUUAGCAAAUUCUCAAACUUGUUCUAAAGCGCCCAGGUCAAGAUACUAGUAAAUAUACAGAAAAAAACAACAGCCUAGACUUUAGAUUCAGUUCAACUAAAC